AUGGCUGAAGCUGCUGCAGGGAGCGCCCACCAACAUGAGCGUUCCCGCUCAAACAUCCCAACGUUCUCGGCUCGACAUCCCAUGAUCCCCAAACUGUAUGUGAUGCCGUGGAAACAGGACAUGAAGAACCAGAGGCUGCUGAUGAAGAACGCCGCUCUGGCAGAGAUCCCUGCGGCUCCUCUGCACGAGUCGUUGUGUUUUUGUGGUCGAGAGCGUCUCUGCCAGGGUCAGGACUCCUCUCACCGCGCCUCCUCCUCCUCCUCCUCCUCCUCCUCCUCUGCUCCUCUCGGUCAGACCGGACUGACAGCUCAUCACUCCUCCCACCUCUCCAGGUACAACAGCUCUGUGGUGACGACCAGGCGGCUCUACCAAACCUGA